CCGUCAUUUCCCGGCGGCCGGAGCCGUUCCGGGGCGGCGGCGCUGCUGCUGCGGGAGCUGCGAUUCCUGCUGCAUUAUGUCAGGAGACAGCGACUGCACCAGGACAAGUCCAUCAGCAGGGUCUCCAUCGGACAACGAGCUCUUGCCGGAUCGCCCAAAGUAUGUUUGUUCCCUGUCUCCUGAUCUCGUUACCAAAGCCCGGGAGGAGCUCCAGGAGAAGCCUGAAUGGAGGCUCCGUGACGUGCAGGCGCUCCGGGACAUGGUGUGCAAAGACUACCCCUCCCUGGGGACGUGCCUGGACGAUGCUUUCUUGCUGAGGUUCCUCAGAGCCAGGAAAUUCGAUUACGAUCGAGCGCUCCAGCUCCUGGUGAACUACCACACCUGCAGGAGGACCUGGCCCGAGGUGUUCAGUAACCUGAAGCCAUCUGCAAUAAAGCCUGUCCUGGAGUCGGGCUUCGUCACUGUGCUGCCCCAUCGGGACCCGGAGGGACGUCACGUCGUCUGCAUCCGCCCAGACAGAUGGACACCCAGUAAUUAUCCGAUUACUGAGAACAUUCGUGCCAUAUACUUAACGUUAGAAAAACUCAUUCAGUCCGAAGAGACCCAGGUGAAUGGAAUUGUAAUCCUGGCAGACUACAAAGGAGUCAGCUUAUCUAAGGCGUCUCAUUUUGGUCCUUUUGUAGCCAAAAAAGUGAUUGGAAUUCUUCAGGAUGGAUUCCCCAUUCGAAUAAAGGCUGUUAACAUAAUAAACGAGCCUCGUAUAUUCAAAGGCAUUUUUGCAAUCAUCAAGCCUUUUCUGAAGGAAAAGAUAGCAAACCGGUUUUUCCUUCACGGCUGCGAUCUGAACUCCCUCCACCAAAACAUCCCUCCGGCGAUCCUUCCCGAAGAGUAUGGUGGCACCGCGGGCAAGCUGGACAUCUCAGCGUGGAACGAGCUGCUGCUGGCCUCUGAGGAGGACCUCCUGCACGACUUCUCACAGCUGCUGGUGCCCUGUGACAGCUCCCCCCGGGACACGCUCGUGAGUGGAGAUGCCGAGGAGAAGCAGUGCGACGAUUCUCUGCGGGGCAUGAAACCGCAGCUCUACUACUGCUACUGACACCCCAGGGCAGGGGGGCUGUCCAGCAGUUGGGGUCUGCUCUCGUGGGUGAUGUUGUGAACUCUGCCUUACUCCUAAACCCGCAGUUUAGGGACAGACUGCUGAGGCACUUUACACUGUAGAACCAAAGGAAGCUGGAGGGGGCACACUGGGGGCAGGGCAGAGUUCGGGGAGGAUAAAAGCAAAGAGCACAAGUUGUGUAGAAGACUUGAGGCUCAUCGACCUCUGUGUGAACGAUGCAAAUGGCUCUUUCUUUCUAAUGAUAAAGGGAAAAAAAAAUAUUGCAGGAGCAUAAGCUUGAUAUUUUCUUAUCCCCUCCCCACCCAGGUGAAAAGUGGCAACGAUGAUUUACUAACUUUGUGAUCAUCUGUUCCCUUCCCCUUCUGCCAGUAAUCCAAGAAAAGAAAGGGGCUCGUGAACCCUGCAAAAUACAGUUCUGUAGUGAAGAUUGCAUAAACCUAUAAAAGUCUUAACUUGGCCUGUCCUUCGUCACGUGGUUCAGAUUGUGAGUUGGCAUUUCUGAACUGUCUCAGUGAAUAUUUGGCUCAAAUUAAUACAGAACAAAACUUAUUCACGAAUACCCGUAUGGAGAACACCUCUAAAACUUCCCCACAGUAGGAAGAACUGUGACUGAUGGAUUAACUACUGCAACAUCUAUCCCAUGUUUGCACAACAGCUGCAAUCUUCACUUUCAGAAAACAGGAAGUUUUUCAGAUAAUUACUUUUGACUAGACAACAGCUUCAAAUGAGGUUCAGGACCAAAUAAUAAUAAAAAAAAAGCUGUGUCAGGCACCUUCCCACAUUGUCAAUUCUUUUCUGGUUGUGACGAGGAAUUGGGUAAGUACCUCCUACCCAGAAUUCAUGAGGCGGCUUUGUAGCAGUUGGCAUGUGAUGUAUAGAAGGCAAUACUUCAUUGUAAGACAGCAAGGUGCUGCUUUAGCUUUGUUACUUUGGGCUGAAUUUGAGUUUUAAGUCUGUGAAACCAAAUGCAGGCGGGCUUUUUCAAAGCACAUUCCUGAAUUUCCUGAUAUUGUAGCAUUUUGUUCACUGUGCUUGUUGGCUCUUCUGUGAAAUGUUAUUACGAGGUUUGUUUUUAAACUGUGUUAACCUCUUUUGUCUUUGGUUGUCAUGUUCCUGUAUGGAGUUAGACUUGAAUCAUCUCUCUGAUAUUUACUCAUAGGUUGUAUGCCUGUGCUUCUAGGUCUUUGUCUAGAGACAGAACUAAGACUCCAGUGUCAAACCAGGCUAAGAUACUGAUGUCCAGAUAAGCUGUUCCCACUCCCCGAGCUCCUUUUAUUUAAUGGUCUUGAAUUUAGAACUUAACUCUCAGCACACUCUUUGCACACGUUUUUCUGCACUAUAAUGGUGUGGAGAUGGGAACCUCACUAGGACCAGGAGAGCACACCCUAUCACUUCAAGGUGAAAUAUUUCACUAUUUGGUGGAAAAGAAUUCCCCUUCUAAUUGGGGACUUACCCCUUAGAGCACUUUCUCUCGAUGAAAUCUUGAUUUAGUGCCAAAUGGGAUUAUAGGCACCAGUUACGUUUCUGUAAAUAUAAACCUAAAGCAUCUUGAGGAUCUCAGACAUUCGUUUUUCAAAGUGCCAAACACUGUUUUGGAUGUUUUUCUUCCUCUCGGUCCCCUUUACAGCAUGACUGCAUUGCCAAAAAGAGACAACUCCACCACUGACUUCCUGACCUGGCAGCAGAUCUUAUCCCUGAACAAGGGGCAGCAAAUGCCAUUCCCAUCCUCCAGGCAUUAUAAAAAGAGUCUGCAUCUUGAAAAGGGGUAAAACCGUGAAGCUUUUUUUUUUCCUGGGUGGCAGUUCAGAAUUUGUGGAAGCAGAGGACUCAUCACAGGAACACUUUUAGAUUAAAGGUGGGAAGAGAUUAAUUUUCCUCGGUGGAAGCAUCCGAUUUUUCUUACCUUUAUAAGUGAAUUGUAACUCCCGUUUGAUAGCUGUUACCUUUAGUGUGGAGAU